AUGAGAGUGGUUUUACUGUCUCAAGGGGGAAAAAAGAUAGAAACACCACCAACUGUGGUUCAGGUCCACCAUCCACAGCCCCAUCCUUCUCAGAUACAUGGGCAACAGUGUGACAACUACAGCUACCCGAAGAAAAGGCCUUUCAGUAAUUCGGACCGAAGCGACUGGCAGCGGGAGCGCAAGCUCAGCUACGGCGGCAACUCCAGGCAAGGACGGGGUGGAGAACGGCACCAUCCGUACGACCAGCACAGGCACAAGGAGCACCACGAUGGAGACCGCCGCCCACGCGAGGAACCUCAUUGCAGCUCGGAGAGCUACCAGCCCAAGACCCCCUCUCGCAAGCGGCCCCAUGAGCAGGACAACAGUGACCGGGACCACCGGGGCCACCGUGACUCCUAUGACCGGCACCACCAUGAUCCCAAGCGGCGAAGAACCGAAGAGAUCCGUCCUCACCAGCAAGAAUUCAGGCGGAUGUCGGACCCCAUCGGCUACCACGGCCAGGGGCCUUCAGACCACCACCGCUCUUUCCGCCCGGAGAAGUCUGGUGAUUCUAAGAUGUCCUCUGCUCCUCCCUCCAAGUACUACGAUCCUCGCUCCCCACAUGCACAGAAAGCCCCACAUGAAGCCAUGUCUGUCUUUGAACACCGGUCCCCCCUGCAAGGGUUAUAUAGGGAUCAGAAGAUCAGUCCUGGAUAUAACUGGCACAGCCGGAAGACAUAAGAACCCGGAGAUUAGAUUUAUUUAUUUUCUCUUUUUGUAGGUAGUCUGUCAGUAGUUUCCAGUCCGUUCUAUGAAUUGAUGUUCUAUCCUGGCCAAUUUUUGUGUCAGGAAGUCCACAUUCAUUAUGUCCAACACUUUAGAAAUCCAUUUUUCAAUACUAGGUAUUUUAUCCUUUGUAAUUGCAUAGAUCACUAAACCUUUACUUUUUAAGGUUGCCUUCUCAAUAGUCAUUUUUUAUAUACAUAUUUAUUUUCUCUUUUUGUAGGUAAUCUGUAAGUAGUUUCCAUUCCGCUCAAUUAAUUGAUGUUCUAUCCUGGGCCAAUUUUUGUGUCAGGAAAGCCAUAUUCAUUAUGUCCAAGUCUUUAGAAAUCCAUUUUUCAAUACUAGGUAUUUCUUGAAAUUUCCAUUCCUGUGCCAGAGUAGCCGCUGUUGUAAAAUAGAAUAUAAUCCUAUCUGUGUUUUUAUCUACCUGUGGAUUUGUGAUUCCCAAUAAAAAUAUUUAUGAUUUAAA